AGAAAUGACGUCUUUAGAUCACCAAGGUAAGCGAAACUUUACAGAUGUACAAUGAUUAUUAUGUUCUUCGUACUAAUCGUAUGGUUGAAUAGGUGGGAAAAAAUACGGCCAGCUUCGAAAGACCCAGGAACAAAAUCUGGAUGAAAUCAACAAGGUACGUGCAGGUUUGGAUGCAGCAUGCAAUUGUGCAAACUUUAGUAAUAUGUAUUGAUCUUUUCGUUUCCGGGUUCGCAAUCUUCGAUCUUUUUGCUGCGGUUUAUGAUCUAAAUUGUGUUUGUGUUCUAACAUUUCAUUUACAAUUUUAUAUUACGCACAAAGCGAAAUCUCUUGGAGUCAACAUCACAUUUCUGAAAUUGAAACCAACUCGAUCUCGUAAUUUUAACCGGGGGUCAUCGAAAUACAUGUGGCAUGUUAGACGUGUUCUUUUCAUUUAAAAAGUUGUUAACACAAAAAUGAUUUUCAUUUCCUUUCAGUCAUACAUAAAUAGCGGCGAUUAUGAUGACGAAGAAGAAUAUCCAGACCUCAAUGACCGACUCGAGGCAUACAAAAGUAAGAACCCCGCGGGCCUUAACCUGAAAGUGACUUUCUCUCGAAGAUUGUAGGCAUGUUACAUACGAAAACUAUUUGACAUUUCUUUAAUUCUUUAAUUUAACCCUGAAAAUUUCCACAUUGCUCCUCUACAGAUCAGUUCAUGGAAUUUGAUGAAGACAAUUCUGGUGAUAUUGGUGAGUGAUUUCAUGUUGAUCUUUUUUUAAAAAAAAAAAAACAUUUAAAAUAAACAUUACUGAUAAAAAUAAAUAUUAAAGCGUGCUUGAUUCCAUUUUUGGAAGUUUUAUUGGGUUGUUAUCACGCGCAAUAUAAUUUCGUUUUGUUUGGGUUUAUCAAAACACUCCUGAUGUAAGCAAUCAUACUCAAAGCGGCGCCAUUAUUCAAAUGUGCUCUGUAUUUUGCAAUUCAAUUUAUUUUGCUCAAGAGUCUGAAAAGAAGUGAAAGCGAAAUGUCACGAAGUUGUCAGUAAGCUGAAACAAAAUACUUAAGAAUCUCAACUGAGCUGCGGGAUUCCUUUAAAUGUUCCCGGAACUUCAACAUUUUUUGGCGCAUUUUUCCCAAAGGAUUUAGUCUCUAGACAGUCAAAAACGAUUAUUCUUUGUUGUCUUACAUAAAAAGUCAAAACAUUCAAGAACGUAAUUGUGUUUGGUUUUGUUCACCUUAUCUUACUGAUUGUGUUUUUUUUUUUUUCAAAAAUAAUUUCAAAGUAAUCAUUCUCCUCCAAAAUUAACAAUGAUCCAAUUUUAUUGAAGGUCUAGUUAUUUUGAAAUUACCAAUGCAAAUCAAAACAGCAGCAUCGAUAAGACAAAAGGCAUUUUUUUAAUGAAACAGCCCAUGCAGGCUCCUGGCCUAUGGGAACGUGGUUAUAACCAAAAACAAACAAAAAAAAACAAUCUAAUUACAUUGUUUACAGUUCCCUAUUCCUCCCCCGCCCCCUAAGUCUUAUUAAAACCAAGAUGGCCGUCCGUAACGCAGCAAAUUUUCGUGCACAGUACCUACGGUUGCUUUUGGUUUUGUACGAGAUUUUUUGUAUGAAAAAAUUCAUUGAUACUUUAUGUCGUGUCGGGCUUUGAGUGUUCCAGACACCGUCCUAAACGAUUUAAGGGCACUCGCGCAAUUCGCUGAGGAGGUCUGGGACUCGCGCUACAUUUACAAUUUUACGUUUAGGGGCAUUCAAAAGCUUUUUUUUUCUGUGAAAUAACUAUUCGAAGGAGCUAUUCGUGUCUCCUCGUCCGGAGCAGUUUGUGUCCAUGUUGAUGUAUUCUCGUCUGCUCCGUGCUCUACUGAAAAACGCGAAAAAAAGUGCUUGUUCAGUGCAGGCUAUCUUCUGGCUUCCUCCAUCGAGAGGAAGGGGAGGGGUGCGAGGGAAUGCAUUACGCGAUCGCCACAGCGUUUGCAAGAACUGAGAGAACGUCAACUCGGGAACGUUAAGCUUGGUUUCUCUAUGGUUGCUACUUUUUAAAAAUUGUCAUUUUAUUUUGUAUAAGAUAUCAUGGAACUGAAACGUAUGAUGGAGAAACUUGGACAAGCAAAGACUCACCUUGAACUGAAGAAAAUGAUCGCUGAAGUUGACACAACAAACUCAGGUGUGUUUCUGAAUAGUAUGAUCUUGAUCAAAAAGAGACCGCUACCCUCAGAUAAGUGUGGGAAACAAUUAGCAUGAAUUAUUGAAUGAGGCUGAGUAUCAUCUGGAGAAUUAAGGAGAUCGAGGAGGGUGUUAUCCGCGGAGGCCGAUAACGCCCUCCGAGAUUAUUUAUUCAAAAAAAAAUCCUUGUUUAAAAACAAGCUAAAAACAUGCUUACCUCCAUCGAUGUUAAAUUUAUCUUCUAUAGUGCACGCUUAUUGGGCAAGUUUGGGAGAUAAAGGGUUGUUUAGUUCGGCAAAUAUUCUCCAAAUAGCCAAAAAAAACUGUGUAUGUAUUCUUUGAAUAUUCAUUGAAUACAAACUUCUCACCGGCCCAGCCAUAGUGCGGAUAUUCUUGGGCUCAUAUCCCAGUGCCUCGAAGUCUUCUAGAAAACCCAUGCACAGAGUUUGAUUAGAGCAAAGAAGGUUCUUUGUAAGAUCGACAAUAGCGCCAUUCGCCGAUUCUUGAGGUUUGCCCGACUUGAUAUGUAUAAUCAUAUGUUCUUAUACAGUACUUGACAUUGUGAACUCCAAGAGCCAUCAACAUAUAUUGACAAUUGCAGCAAGUCGAACAUGCUGGAAUGGUCCUGUCUCCUUGCCGUAGGUGUGUUUUUUCAAAUGAAUACAACACGAGCACACGGCCAGGAGUGACAGUUUCAUCUGGGCUCUCAAAGGAGUAAGAUCUAGUAUCUCACCAACUAAACUUCCAGUAUUCAGUACACUUGUCCUUUGCAGUUUCCGGGCCGGCGGCAUCGCCAAUCGAGCUACUCGAACUUGCAUCGCGAUCGGCGCGGGUGAAAUUUAACAUCUUUCUGCUUUUACCACCUUGUUUGAAAUUAAAAUUCAACUCAUCGCCAGAACGCUUCAUAUUUUAAUACAAUCUCUUCUAAAAGGAUUCUCAUAGCAUCCAACUAAAUCAUAAUUGGAAGUGGGUAAUCGCCCUGGUACUUCACUUACCCCACACACGCUUGAUAUAUUCCAACACUUUCAGUUCCGUCAGAUUAUUUUAAUAUUAAUCCUUCGGACGUACAAGCAAAUUCAUAGCCCCACCGUGGUACAGCGGGGGGGUUGGAACCCCUUCUCCGGAUUUUUUGAUAUGUUGCAGUAUUUCGAAACGAUUUUACCUUUGCUGGAAAGCCUUUGAUCUUCUUAACAAGAUGAGGUAUAUUAUAUGGGUUAUGGCGCUGCUGCUGGUGGCCUCUGACGUCACCAACAACGGCCGCCAUCUUGGAUUUUACCAAGAAUUAGAAAUCAGGUUAAAACCGCGAAAAAUAGUAUUUUUUGUGCUUUACACGAUAAAUAACAAAAUAAGCACUUUGUAUGAUUUUAGCCACAAGGUUUACUUUUAUUGUUGAAGGAAGUUAUAAAAACAUAUUUUCAAGCAAAAAUGGCUUGACCACCGGCUACUCUUGACGUCGUAUGUCGUAACGAUAGCAAAUGACCAUCACUGAACUUGUCUCAAAAUUUGGGCGAAGGAUGAACAAACAGCUACUGAAAACGUCAGGUGCUGGUGUUUUAUCCUCUAGGAAAAAAACUCCGAUAAACCUUAGGGAGGUGGCAUCCACCCACAUCACGUCCCCCCCUCCCCCCACCCCCUUGUGCGUCCGAGGGUUAACUUUGGUUAACUUUUUGAUAACUGGUAACCAGCUUUCCUCGGUUGUAAAAAUGGGAACGGAUAAAAUAUAAAAGGAAAAGGCUGAUGGACAAUAUGUGGACGUCCUGGGAAACACAUCAUUCUCGCGGGAAGGCCUGUUCUGUAAAUAAUUCUUUACGGGAAUGGGUUGACUCAAGCGUACAGCACAUGUGGCCGAUGCUCCAAGUAAUCGGCUCCUGGUUUGCAAACAUCACCAAAAAUCUUAACUGAAAACUUUUGCUUAUCACCUUUAAUGGUAGCAGAGCUCUCGCGCGCGUGAAGCGCGCGCAGAGGAGCAGCAUGGGUAAGAAAAUCUAUCCAUCCCAGAAAAUUUGGUAAUAACGUGACCGUAGACCGACCGAGCGACCGUCCGUCCGCACUAAAGGCAUACCAAUGUAAAUAACUCAAUCAACAGGUAUGGCAACCUAAAUGCAACUCGAGGUUAUUUUGGUGGGAAAUCGCAUAGCCACCCCGUCUUGUAAGGCAGAGACAACUAAAGAGUCAAUAAAGACGAAAACGGAAAGCGGAAAUUGUUUCUGUAUCCAUGUUGUCUAAAGUAUUAGCUUAGGUUAAUUGUCAUGUCCACAUAUUUGAAAUAUAGAGAAAGAGAAAGACAGAGAAAAAGGGAAAUUAGGAGGCAGGCCAGCGAAGUUCAACGAACAAAAGGGAGAGAGAGAUCUAGAGCGAGAGAUUAAAAAAAAAAAAAAAAAGGAGAUAUUUUUUGGUUGGAAGAACAACAUGAAAAUGUUGUAGCGGUGAUGACAAAAGGGGAAAAGGUAACGGCCUCCAAUGUGAAAAUGAGCGGCAGUGGAAAAGAAGUGAACGAGAACAUGGACGACAUUUCCUCCGAAAAACGUGUAACUUGUGGAAGUUUCACAUUGUAGUCGUGCAAAACAACGGUAAAGAAAUGCACAAAACAAGCGUGUUGCGCGUGCAAAGUUGCUUUUUUUGCCAAUUAGACCUAUUGUUGUUUUUCAACGUUCUCCGGCGUUGCUUUCGCCGCUUAGCAUUACACGAUUUUAUAUUUUGUUUGCACAAAUUAUAAAUAUUAUCGACGGCUUCGCUUUUAGCCCUGGCUAAAUCUAUAUAUUUUAGACUUCUAAUCUUUUCUCUGUGCUACGACUCGCAUGUGCCUGGAAUUUGCAGGACACCAAUCUUUUUUAUAGAGCGUAUGCACUCACGUGGCUUGCAUCUAUGCUAAUUUAUACGAACAGAAGUUUUUACAUAAGAAAAGAGUUCAAUUCCCACAGGGUUGUCUUACUACACCAAAUGGCGGCCGUUUUAUUGUUUUGGAAUACUAAUAUGGCCGCCGUGACGUCAUGUAUAUACGCUCUAUAUGAGUUUCAAUUUUUACUCUCUUGAUCGAUAAACGGAGUGAUUUAACCCUAACCCUAAACUGUAGUUCACUCUAAAAACUUGUUUUUUGCAGGAACGAUCAGUUAUCCAGAAUUUCUGACGAUGAUGCUAGGAAAGAAGUCAUCUGUUUUGAAACUGUGAGUAACUUGGCAAACACUCAUCGUUUCCGGUUUCCGGGCUUGGACUUGGACCACUGAAUCAGUUUUUAGGCGGCGAUCUUAUUAGUUCCCUACGCAAAUAGAUGAUCAGCCUAUCUUCUCUUUUCUCUUCCUUUGCUUGUAAAACUACCACCGGACGAAUAAUGCAAAGAUAUGUUGUGAACAGUCGCAACUAAAAUCUCUUUAUUGAGGACUCCGACGUUGACCUUAUGCACCCCUCACAGUCUCUGGAUUAUAGAUAUUAGCCCUUCCUACGUUUCAUACAAGGUUCUUGACUAGUAAGACUCGAUUGUAAUAUUGUUACGUCCUGCAUAGCCUGCGUGGCAGGUGUCGAAAGGAGAUACGUUGAGGAUAGUGAGCGGGAAGGGGAAAAGGGAGGAAGGUGGAUUGGAGAGAGGCUACGUCUCACACUAAAUCCUUUUCAUCUUCUCGAGAUGACGCUGACAAAACUGGAUUGUAAUAUGUGCACUGCGCUAUAUAUUUUUUUUUCACAGAAUCUUGAUGUUCGAGGAGAAAAAGAAAGAAAAGCAGAGACCCCAGGGAGUUGCGCCAAAACGAGAUCUGUCAAGCCUACCUUGAAGAACGACUAAUUUGCGUAGUUGUGAAGUGUGUAAUUUUUCGUGAAGAUUUCAAAAUAACAGGGAAAAAAGCGACCAAGACUCACUUGUCGUCUUUGACUGGGAGCAGUUUACGUGAAAUUUGUGUAUUUCAAAGACGCAAUUUUUGAUAACAUUUGGGUCAGAAACUAUACCACUAUAGGAAUUUGUUUUUAAAAAGAUUGGGAAUGUUUUGUUUUUGUUUUUUUUAUGGGAGAAUACUACUUUUCUUCUCCUUUUUUUGAAGCGAUCAAUAUAAUUGACAGGGUCAGGAUUUUGAUUUUGAUUUUUUCAGUUUAGUUUGAUAGAGUAACAUUUUAUUAUUGCCCAGUUUGAAUUCAAGCCAUUUUUAUCAAUCGAAUUACUCUUAAAUUAUUCUUAAUCUGAUGCCUCGGCACAAGUUGUUUGUCAAAAUUAAACUAUGGUGAAAUAUUUGAAAGCAUUGCAGAGUUUUAAAUAAAGAUUACAUCACCUAGAGUAGCCUUUUUACCCUGAGUGGCGUUAGUUAUGAUAUCGAUCUUUUUGCAGUUGGGUUUGCAAGUAUGAAAGUCUAACUAUUUUUUGAAACAGAAAUGUCUUUACCUAUACUCUGUGGUAAAUAAAUAAUUCUUUCUCUCAAGGGUAGGGUGUGAAGUAUUGAAGAUACCUUAUCACCUUGUUAGUAGAUAGAUAUGCGAAAUUUAGUGAAUGCUUAACCGUGGUUUUAUUGUAGUAUUAAAAAAAUAUUUUCGCA